AUGGAGGAAGACGAGAGGAGAGAAGCAGCAAUCGCAUCAGCUGCGUGUCUGAACCCUAAAUUCAAGCCCUCAUCUGCUGUUGCCCAAGCUCGCCUUUCAAAAUUCCAGGUGAUGAAUCAUGGUUCUUCAGGGAAGGCAUCUAGGCCAAACAGAUUAGAAGAGAAGGAUAGCCAUGUUGAUGAAUUUGCAGCAAGCAAAAUCCCAUGUAAAACAGCUGAAGAUACAAGCAGUUCUACUUCUACCUCAUUAGAUGUUUCUUCAAUGUCAAAACCACAAAUACCAUCAAAGAAACCAUAUAAGUUACACUGGGGGCUUGACACCAAAGAAAGAUGGGAAAGGAAAUCCAACAUGUAG